GCCCAUUAGUCCAAGUUUAAAAAGAUUCGAUUUUUAUCGAUGUUUCACUUCGAAUCUAACAUUUAACUCUUGAACCCAUUGUUUCUUUUGUAACUUACACAGUUGAUGUUUAUAUUUGAGGUUUUGGAACUAUGAGAGAAGAAAUAUGCAAGAAAAGCAAGGUCUCAUGGCCUAAAACACUCAAGAAAUGGUUUAAUGUCAAAAACAAAGCUCAAGACUUUCAUGCAGAUGGUUCAAGUAAUGGAGGAAGUUAUGAAGGAUGGAUGAGCAAUUUUUCUGAAAAAGAAAUAUGCACCAUCAAGAAAAGCAGAAAAACAGAAAGAUCAAGCAAGAGAAGUGCAGAUUGUCUUCAAACAAAUAAGGCCGAUCAUGACCUUGCACAAGCUAAGGAUGUAAAUAACUAUAGGAUCUUUGUAGCUACUUGGAAUGUCGGCGGUAAAUCUCCUACAAAUAAUUUGAAUCUUGAAGAUUGGUUGCACACUUCACCUCGGGCUGAUAUUUAUGUUCUGGGGUUUCAAGAAGUUGUGCCUUUAAAUGCUGGAAAUGUACUAGGAACAGAAGACAAUGGUCCAGCUAAAAAAUGGCUAGCACUUAUUCGGAAAACUCUAAACAAUCUUCCAGGAACAAAUGAUGGAUUCCAUUCCCCACCACGGGUUCCUGAUCCAGUUAUUGAACUGGAAUCAGACUUUGAGAGAUCAAUCACACCAAAACCAUCAUCUUUCCUCCACCGUUGUUCUUUUCAAUCACUGAGUCAAAGCAUGAGACUGACACAGAGUGAGCCGACAACGCUCCAUCCUAAUACCAAACAUAGAUAUAGUAUAUGUGAUCAGGUCAUGUUUGGAAACCGACCCAGUGAUUAUGACCAAGUUAUUGGGUCUUCAGAUGAAGAGAACGGGCCGACUGAUUCUCCUAAUAGCGCAGACUGUGACCAGAUACCAUAUUGUGAGUCUUUUUCAAUGGAGGAAAGAGAUAAACUGCCGGAAAAUUCCAACUAUUGUUUGGUUGCAAGUAAGAAAAUGGUGGGGAUAUAUCUUACAGUAUGGGUGAAGAGUGAUCUUAGACACAAUGUUCAUAAUUUGAAAGUAUCGUGUGUGGGUAGAGGAUUAAUGGGUUAUCUCGGAAACAAGGGUUCAAUAUCAAUUAGCAUGUCGUUGCACCAAACGAGUUUUUGCUUCGUAUGUAGUCACUUGACUUCUGGACAGAAGGAAGGCGACGAGCUCAGAAGAAACUGUGAUGUUAUGGAAAUUAUGAAAAGAACACGGUUUCCACGUGUUCGAGGAACAGGAGAUGAGAACUCUCCUCAAACGAUUCUUGACCAUGACCGAAUUAUAUGGCUUGGUGACUUAAACUACCGAAUUGCGCUUACAUAUCGGUCUGCCAAGGCCUUGGUUGAGAGGAGAAACUGGAGAGCUUUAUUGGAAAAUGACCAGCUUCGGAUAGAGCAUACAAACGGACGUGUAUUUUCGGGGUGGAAUGAAGGGAGAAUAUGUUUCCCUCCAACUUACAAAUACUCAAAUAAUUCAGAUCGGUAUGCAGGAUAUGAUAAGCAUCCUAAAGGAAAACGAAGAACUCCUGCAUGGUGUGAUCGUAUCUUAUGGUAUGGAAACGGACUUCAUCAAGUGUCGUAUGUUCGAGGAGAGUCUAGAUUUUCGGAUCAUCGUCCAGUGUACAGCCUAUUUUCAGCAGAAGUCGAGUCUAUCCGCACCAGAUACAAGAACAUAUGUUACUCGUCUAGGAUCGAGGUGGAAGAGCUAUUACUAUCUUCACGUAGAUACAAAGAUUUUUACUUUUACUGACGAUUGACUAGAAGUAACAAUAAAACUUAAGAUACAAGUCAAAAUGGGUCAAACGGGUCGAAAAUCAUUCACAUUGUAUUCAUUCUGAUUAAUAAAACCUCUGAUAUUUUCAUCUA